ACUAUAACAAAGUCGAUAGAGAAACUGAAUGAGUCUUCUGACAAUUUAUUAUAGCAGUUUUGUUAAGUAGGCAAUGCAGCUUCUUAACUUCUACGACAGCAAAUUAGAAUGCACGAGGUUUUGAAUUCUUUACAAAAGUAGGGGCAACUGCAUUUUUCCAGUACGCAUGAUUUUGUAUCCUUUCAGAAAGCAGGAAGCAGCACGCUGUUAAUCGCAGUCAGACAGAUAACAGCAUUUCCUGGGAAGGUCAAUUCAACUACAUUGUUUACAAAGGUGUUUUGAUUGUGUCUUUCGGUGGCUACAAAUGAAUUGAAACGAAUGUCAGUGACUUUGGCCCGUGAUCUUGGAUUACCGAUGGACCAACAGCACAAAUCCCAUGCUUGGAUGUGAUUCCACCACUGUGAGCCUGAUGUACAGAGGAGGAAGGACCGGUUCUGAUGGCAGACCAUCUUCCCUCAGGGCUACUGGAAGCAUGUGUUGUUGUCGGAGCCUCUGGGGAUAAACUCAAGGAUGUCUACCAGUCUCUACAGCAGGGCAACAGCACAACAGACCUCCUUAUUUUAGACCCAGAGGUCUUGCAAGUCCACGUACCUCCGUUUGUGACCAAAGAGAAUGCAGAUGAGUCUGGUGUCCCCAGAACCUUCAGUCGAGUCCAGUGCAGACGCUCCUUCAUCAAGAAGAAGGAGAGGCUAGUGGUGGCUCCUAGUGGGCCUGGAGGGGCCGGGAGCAGUGAGGGGGCCACUGUCACGGAGGAUGUCAGCGUCCCCAAGGACAUCGACCUCAUGGCCCUGCCCCAACUCUGCUUUCCAGGGGGGCUUCAAGUAACAAAUGAACCAAAAGAAGAGCGUUUUCACUUUCUAGUCUUCACGGAUGUGUUCGGUAACCAAACCCAUGGAGUGGUUGUUCAGUGUUGUAGACCAUUUCAGGAAGGGUCAGUGUUCUAUCCGAAUGGACACUGGUCGUCCACCAGGACCACUAAGCUCUACACUGCUUUUGCCAUCUGUGUCAUAUCCAAGCAUCCUUAUUACAAUGCUUUGAAGGACUGUCUGUCUUGUUUGCUGGUGCAGCUUAGAUCAUGCAGGUUGUCUGAAGAGAGGGUGAAGGACUUUGCAGCCAAACUGUCUCUAGUGCCCAUUCCACCCCCUGGACAACUACAUGUGCUGUUCAACCUGAGACCCCUGAUGAUCGUACUGCCUUCCAGAGAGGAUAAGGAACACCCCGCUGUAGACCUGGACCUCCAUUUGCCCUUCCUGUGCUUUAGAUCCAAACAGAUUUUACAGAUCAUCACUGGUAUUCUGAUGGAGCAGAGGGUAGUGUUCUUCUCAGCUGACUGGGCCCGCCUCACCCUGGUGGCAGAGUGUUUCAUGUUCUACACACCCCUCCACUGGCAGCAUCCCUACGUGCCCAUCCUCUCAGCCCAGAUGCUGGACUUCGUCAUGGCCCCCACCGCCUUCCUCAUGGGCUGCCACCUCAACCACUUUGAGGAGGUUGCUGCGGAAACAGACGACCUGAUCUUGAUUAAUAUUGAUGAUGGAACAGUGUCUUCUUCCUGCUCAGAGACUGUCGACCUACCAGACGUCCCCUUCGUUUCUGCAGAGUGUUUUACCAAGCGGAGGAAGGGCCUCCAGCUACAACAUGAUCUAGAGGUUUGUCACCAAGGGGCCGGCACAGACGUUAAUGAGAUGCGCAUGCUGAGGAGACAAUGGCAGCAGAACCUGAACUGGGAAAUACAGAAGGUUACCUUGGAGCUCAUUGUCAACAUGUUCAGGGAUGUCAGUGGUCACCUGAACUAUGAACACCGAGUGUUUAACAGUGAAGAGUUCCUGAAGACCAGAGAGCUAGCUGACCUUCCCUUUUACAGAAAGGUCUUGGAGACACACAUCUUUCAUUCAUUCCUGAAGGACCGCCUCAAUAGGAAGAUGGAUGCUUUCACGCGCAUGGAAGUCAACACUCGCUCAGAGACACAGAAAAUGAAGGCGAUGACAGACAACCCCAGGAGGCCCACCAUGCAGGAAAUGGCCAGGAAGUAUAGCAGCGACCCAGAGAUCCGUCUGAACAAGAGGCUGGGGAUGAGCCUCCCCAACCUGGGAGAGGAACGCCAUCUCAACCUCCUCAGACAAACCUCCCUCAAGAAGACCAUUAUCCCUGAAAGUGCCUUCAAGAUCCCACCCAAGCCUGUGAAGAUCUUCAAGCUGCCAGAAUUUCCUCCUCCCAUGGUGCACCAUCAUGUCCAGAACUACUAUAGAGAGUUGAUCAUACUACUGGGGAAGGCCAUCUCCUGUGUUCCUCCUGAGAACUCCACCCUCCUGGCCAGGUACUUCUACCUGCGCGGCUUCAUGAACACGCUGUGUUCCAAACGUCUUGACGCCCUCAGCGACUUCCAGAACCUCUACAAGACGGACAUCGAGAUCUUCCCCACCGACCUGGUAAAGGCGCUAGUGGACUCGCUGCAGAAGGACGAGUUCUCCCAGGUGGACCGGCGGCCAGAGCUCAAGCGGCUCAUCUUCAAGGUGAAGACGGACAACGAGAUGGUCCUGGUCCAAGCUGACGACCAUGUGAAGAAGUUCCAGCUCCCUAAGACCCACAUGCUGCAGGAGGACUUUGUGAAGCGCAUCCAGGAGUCUGGGAUUGUGAAAGACGUCGCCACCAUCCAUAGGCUGUUUGAGGCCCUCACUGUGGGGCAACAGAAGCAGAUUGACCCAGAGGUGUUCCGUGUGUUCUACACCUUCUGGAAGGAGACGGAGGUGGAGGCCCAGGAUGUUCACCUGCCAGCUGAGGUCAUGGAGCACCUGGACAACAACGAGUGUGUCUACAAGCUGUCCUGCUCCGUCAAAACCAACCAGGGAGUGGGUAAGAUCGCCAUGACACAGAAGAGGCUCUUCCUGCUCACUGACGGGAGGCCUGGGUUUAUCGAGAUCACCAAGUUCAGAGACAUAAAGGAGGUGAAAAUCUCCUUUGCUCCUUUCCUGCUGCUGAGGAUCCCGUCUCUGAAGAUCAAGUGCAGUCUGAGGAAGGAGGUGUUUGAGGCCAACCUGAAGUCUGCGUGUGACCUGUGGAAUCUCAUGGUCAGAGAGAUGUGGGCUGGGAGGACGAUGGCAGACGACCACAAGGAUCCUCAGUACAUGCAGCAGGCUUUGACUAACGUCUUGCUCAUGGAUGCUGUGGUUGGCUGCCUUCAGACCCAGAAGGCCAUAUUUGCCGCCUCCAAACUGGCUUACUUUGACAGAGUGAAACAUGAAGUUCCUGUGAUGGUUCCAAAGACAACAUUGGAGACGUUGAAACACAAGAUCAAUCCAUCACUAGACCUCCCAGCCCCACAGACUGUACAUGUCUUACUCUACACACCAGGCCAGUUGAGUUACUCUGAGGCAGACGGAGAUGGGAACCCCAAGCUGUGGUGUGCCCUCAGUGGUGGGAGGAUGGUUGUGUUUGAUGCAGCCAGCUGGUCCAUGCAGCAGAACAGUGUUCAAGUGGGAUCCUCCCAACUGAACUGCAUGCUGGGAUUGGACCAGGAUCAAGUAUGGAUUGGAUCCCAGGAUUCCAUCAUUUACAUAAUUGACACUCGCAGCAUGUCCUGCAAUAAGCAGCUGACAGAGCACAGGCAUGAGGUUAUGGACUUUGCCCUGGAGGAGAGUGACAAGAUGAGACAGACAUACUCCUGUAGUGCCGAUGGAACAGUCAUCCUGUGGGACCUCUCAACGCUAAAAGUGAAAAAGCAGUUUCAACUGACCUGUGAUAGGCUUAUGUCCAUUCAGCUCUUCAAUGGAACACUGUGGUGCUGUGCCAGAGACGGCAUCGUUGAACUGAGGAAGAACGGAAUCCCACAUCGUAAGAUGACACUUCCUGAGGAUCUACGGAGCAUGCCCACUGAGUUCAGCAGCCUCAUCCUCUUCUUAGAGAGGGGCCAGUUGUGGACGAGCUGUUCUGAUUCUGACGAGCUCUGUCUCUGGCACUGUAAAGACCUGACCAAGCCUUUCCUGAGGGUGCGGCUACAGAACUGUACAGGGGUCAACUGUAUGAUCAAGGUUAAGAAUCAGAUUUGGGUUGGCUGCAGCGGGCCGAGCCCUGACCAGUGCAGGAUGAGUGGGAAGAUCUACAUAGUGGACACAGAGAGCCACAGUGUAGAGAAGGAGCUGAUGGCCCACACAGACAGUGUCCAGGCACUGUGCUCUGCAGAGGGCCGCUAUGUACUCAGUGGCUCCGCCUGCCAGGAUGGCAAAAUCGCCAUUUGGAAGGUUGAGUAGAGGACGAGUAGCCUGGUCCAGGAUCUGUUUGUGUGGUUUUGACAACUCUUUUAAGUGAAUAAAAUGUUUGGCACAACAAUGACAGGAGUUUCCUAAACAGCAGAAAUAGAUGUGGGACCAGGUUAGAGGAAGAGCCCUGCAGACCCCGAGGCUAUAGCCCCCUCAAACUCAACUCUGGACCUGGAAGCCAGUUCCACUGCUUUGUUCAUUGUUCCCCUCUAAUCAGGGACUGAUUUAGACCUGGGACACCAGGUGGGUGAUUCCC